AUGUACACAUGUGGUAUCUUUUGGGAGUAUAUAAAAGAGGCCGAACGAGUAGGUCUAGUCGAUCUACUAACAUGCCGUGCCACGGGGGAUCUCGCAGAAGCAGAAGGUCUAGUCGAAGCCGUAGCCGCCGAGGAAGAAGCAAGUCUGGAUCAGUGUCUCCAGCGCGACGCAGCCGACGAAGUGCUAGCCGAAGAAGAGGGCGCUCACGAAGAGCUUCGAGUUAUCGAAAGAGAUCGAGGCGAUCAGUGA